GAUGGUUGCAAAACCGCUUGAUUUUAAUAAUGAAAAUGAGAAAUAUGAAGAAAGGUGUUUUAGUCGCAAUUCUAAUAAUUCCAAUUCAAAAACUAUUUGUAAUGGAAAUUUUAAACGUGAUCCUUUACCAGUUGAUUGUUUUAAAAAACAUAUUAUUGAAAUUCUUAAUCAUCUAGAGGACACUUUCUGUUGCGAUGCUGGACUUUCUGAAAAUGGUCUUAUCGGUGUUACACAACCCAGACGAGUUGCUGCUAAAACAUUAGCUGAAAGAGUUGCAACAGAAAUGGGAACUAAAGUUGGUCAAUUGGUUGGUUAUAAAUUUCGUUUUGAAAACAAUUGUGGCAAUGAUACACGUAUUCUUUAUCAAACUGAAGGAAUUUUAUUACGUGAAGCUCAACAUGAUGCUAGACUUAAGCGUUAUUCAACAAUUAUUGUAGAUGAAGUACACGAAAGAACAAUUAAUAUGGAUGUUUUGCUUUAUAUUCUUAAACAAGCACAGACUAACAGAAAAGAAAAAGAUGAGGCCCCUCUUCGUUUAAUUCUCAUGUCUGCGACUAUGAAUCUACAAAAAUUACAAAAAUAUUUCCACAAAGCCGAAGCUUAUUAUGUUCGUGGAAGACAGCAUGUUGUUAAGGUAUUUUGUAUUUUUGAUUAUUAUUAUUUAAUGAGUGUAUAUAGGUGGUUUGAGUCCCUGCCAGAGAUGGGAAAAAUAUUUUUAGUAUGAUCGAAUAAGUAAUUCGCGACCAGGCCCGUAGCCAGGAGGGGUGGUGGGGUUGGCCUUCGGACUUCCGAAAUUCUUUUUUAGCACCUCCGGCGCCGAUAUACCCUUCCCAAAAAUCAAAUCCUGGAUGCGUCCUUGUUAGCUGCCUCUUCUCAUUAAAUUUAACUUUUAGCUUUUCAAUGCAC